AGUGAUUUUGAAAAUAAAUAAAAUGACGUGGCACCGCUGUUUCACAACAUCCGAGGGUCACCAUCACCGCCUUCCUUGAGCGCUCUUUAUUCCCUGGACGGGCAACUGCCUUACUUGCUGCCUCGCCGAUUGCGAUCAUACUCUCAAAGCUAAAUUUUCUGGGCACUUCCUCUGUUACAAUUAAAAUGGUGGUGUUCACCGCAACUACUGCCAGCACCUUUUUACCUCUAUCAGCACCGGUGAAAACAAGGGGCCUAAACAACAGCCAAAACGAAGAAACAAAUUCUGGUCCAGUCAGGGUUUCCAUGCAGACUCAAUCUUGUAAUGUAAAAAGAGGACAUUUUAAGGUUGCAGUAUCUGGCUCAGUUACACGAUUACGACCUAUUGAAAGGAGAAUAAAUUUGAACAGAAAACACUCACCUAUUAUAUAUGCUGGUGCAAUGAAUACAAGAUGUGCUGCUUCUGGGCAAACUCAAACCCUUACCAAUAAGGCACCUGGAGUUACCAAAGCUCCUCAAAGAGAAACAAACAAAACUCCACGACUAGAUGAUGGCGGACCUGGAUUCCCACCCCAUCGUGGUGGUGGUGGGGGAGGUGGAGGAGGUGGUGGUGGAGGAAACUUCUCUGGUGGAUUCUUCCUUUUCGGCUUUCUUGGUUUUCUAGGUUAUUUAAAAGAUCUGGAGAAUGAGCACUCCCGGGAAAAUAGGAUGUGAUGAAAAGGAAAAAUAAUUAUUAUUUGAAAUCAAUUAUCUUUCAGGCCCUUCUAUAACCACAGAAAUGCUUAAGUUAGAUAGUAUAUUGUUCAACCAGAUGGUAGCUGAGCUCUUGAUGAAAAUACUAAAGCAUGAUGUUUUCUCAUGGAAUGUGCGUGCGGACUGGUUAACAAUUUCUUGUGUGUUUUUUACCGCAAUGUUAAAUAGGCUCGUAGGCAAUAUAGUGAUUCCAAUAGCUGGUGGUGACACAAUCCUUGUGAUCUGGCAGUUGUAAUGGCGUCGGUUUUUCCCACAUCCAUGUAUGAACAAUAUUGUGCUGAAGAAAUUCAUCUGCAUUCCUAUAAAUUAAUUCGUUUCAUAGGCUUGCUUAUUA